GAGGGGCGGAGAGGCAGCCCUGCGCGGCGGUGGAGGCGGCGGCGGGCGGCGAGCGGCUCCUCGGCACUGACAGCGUCUGCAGUUCAUUUCAAGAUGGCCGCUUGGCUCCCGUUCCUCGGCUGCUGAACGACUUUUAACUUUCAUUGUCUCUCCCGGGCGCCCCGAGCGGCCCCCGCCGGCGCCUCUCCCGGAGCCGCCUGGACUCGCGCAAAAAUGCACCGCACCACCCGCAUCAAAAUCACCGAGCUCAACCCGCAUCUCAUGUGCGUCAUCUGCGGAGGGUACUUCAUCGACGCCACCACCAUCAUCGAGUGCCUCCACUCGUUCUGUAAGACAUGUAUCGUGCACUACUUGGAGACCAGCAAGUAUUGUCCGAUUUGUGACGUUCAAGUUCACAAAACUAGACCGCUUUUGAAUAUCAGGUCAGAUAAAACUCUCCAAGACAUUGUCUACAAGUUAGUACCAGGCCUUUUCAAAAAUGAGAUGAAAAGAAGAAGAGACUUUUACGCUGCUCACCCAUCUGCUGAUGCUUCCAACGGUUCUAAUGAAGACAGGGGAGAAGUUGCAGAUGAAGACAAACGAAUCAUAACAGAUGAUGAGAUAAUAAGUUUAUCUAUUGAGUUCUUCGAUCAUAAUAGACUGGAACGGAAAGGAACGAAAGAGAAAGAGAAAUCCAGAGAGGAGGUGAAUGACAAAAGGUAUUUACGCUGCCCAGCAGCUAUGACUGUGAUGCAUCUGAGAAAGUUUCUCAGGAGUAAGAUGGACAUACCGAAUAGUUUUCAGAUCGACGUGAUGUACGAAGAGGAGCCUUUGAAGGACUACUACACGCUGAUGGACAUCGCCUACAUUUACACGUGGAGAAGGAACGGCCCCCUCCCUUUGAAGUACCGGGUCCGGCCGACUUGCAAGCGGAUGAAGCUGGGCGGCCACCAGCCCGAGGGCUUGAAUCAUAGCGGAGAGCUGGAAAGUGACUCUGGGAGCGAGAAGGCCGGCAGCCCGGCCGGGGGCGCCCCCUCCACCUCCUCCUGUCUGCUCAGCCCCGCAGCCGCCUCGGUCCAGUCUCUGCACCCGCAGUUCCCGCACAUCUCCAGCACCCUGAACGGCACCAGCGGCGGCCCCGGCAGCAACCACCACCCCUCCUUCGCCAACAGAGCGCGGAAAGCCUCCCUCAACGGCUCUUCCGCCACAUCUUCGGGCUGACCCACCAGCCAUCGGGCGGACUAAGGACAGACCCGGCUUCUCCCGAGCUCUCCUCUGCGCUCUCGCUGCCUCCCCCCCUCUUCUUCUCCAGGCCGUUAAGCUUUAUAGAUGCUGAUUCCACGUGUGGCUCCCCUCCAAGAUGCUUUAAGGAAAAGAAACAAUAAGCCCCCUCCCCCCGCACUUUACUUGGAAAUUAAAGCGGGGGAAUCAACAUUUUACUGGAGAAUUGGAUUAGGACGCGGUUGCUUUGCGAAGACUUGUUUCUUGAGGACUUGCGGCACAACACAAGGUAGAAAGGCCGGCGGGGGCGGGGAGGCCUUGCUUUCUGACCCCUGCCUCACCGUUUGGACUCGGGAGUCUAGGGAAAUGGAUGCGUGUCAAUAUCUGGAAUAUCGUUUUGCUAAUCUGGAUUCACACUGACACUCUUCUGGAUUGCUAUUUGCGAAUACAGCUGUUCGGAAAAGAGUGGAUUUUUGUAAAAAGCAAGAGGUUCCCUCCCCCUCCAUUUUGGGAUUCAUCCAGAAGAAUAUGCAUAGAACUAUGCAUAUCUGUAGCCAUGUCACUGUGAAUAACAAUGUCUCGUUUAUUAGCCAUUCUGACCCCCCUCCUCUGCCUUCCCAGCUUUCUCUGCUGCUGCGGAGAACCGGUUUAAAGACGGGAAAGUGGGGCGGGGGAAGGACCCCAACAAGGAUCAAGAAGACUUUCCAUUUCACAAUCUGCCUAAAAAGCGGGUAUUGGCGUUUAUCUCACCGACUUUUUUUUAAGAGAGAAAAGAACACUUUCACUUUUUGUAAGGAUCAGAGAGAGCGCGAGGCUGGUUUGAACAAUGCCAUGUUGGUAAGGGGCGACCCCAAAGAGGAAGCAGUAUUGUAUGAUAUAUUUAUAACGAGGGAAGGGAAUGGCGCGUUCCCAUUCCGGCCUGGCUGGCCCCUUGCCGAUGCCCGGGCUUUAGACCCUGGCAGAUGCAGCCCAGCACCCCCCCCCCCAAAAGAGAGCUCUUUCCCCUCCUGACGCAGGAAGGAGACCCGGGUUGGAGAGCCAGCCAGGCUCCCCCUUCACCCGGAAGCAAUGGGCAAUCUCGAAAGGGUCUUACAGGGGCUUUGUCUUGUUCCAAGCAGUAUACCCUUCCCCCCCUUCCUUUCCUUUUUUUACUUUUCCACGAUGUGAUUAAUUAUUUUAAGGAUGCAGUGAGGGAGGGGGAGGGCGAGGGAAGAGAAGAGGCGUUGGAGGAACAGGGGCCCGAUUUAACCGUUUCAUUCGUUUUCUUCUUUGGCGUGAUGGGUUUGUGUGCGUGCGUUUUUUUAAUUAAAAAAAAGCACAGGAAAAUCAUACCAGAAGCCAUAAAACAUACGGGGAUCUCAUCCAUUCAUUCUUUUCUUUCUUAAGAGACCAGCGAAGUCGCUGGAUGAAGGCUUUUAAUCUAAAUUUGUUUUAAUAUAUAUGUAUGUAUGUAUAUGGUACAAUACUAACUCGGAGAAAGAUAAACAGGUACUCUGGUAGCUCCAAUAAGCAGCCACGGCCACAGCAAGGCUUCGGAAGAAGUUGUGUUGGGACAAGAAGGAACAUUUUUAAAAUUUAAAGUUAACACACACACCCCCUCCCCGAUACUUUUCCGUUUGUGCUUUGCAUUGGUCCAACAGUGUGUGUGUGUGUGUGUUCUUCACCCAUCCGUUGAACAUUUUGUGAGGAUCUGCUUCUCCUAUUUGACUAUUGUUUCAUGUUUGUACGGAGGAACUUGUAGCUGAACAUUUCAUCGUCUCCAGUCUGCAAAAGAAGCACAAUUCUAUUGCUUUGUCUUGCUUACGGUCAUUAAAUCAUUACUUUUGCAUAGA